AUUCUUUCACUUUCCUUUUCAGCCAAAGUUUAUGUGCGAGGCUCGAUAUCGCGAUUGAAAAUUCCAUUUUUUGGGGUUUGAGGGAAUAAAGACGAGUGAAAAAAGUGCACUGGAAUGGGGCUUUUGGCCGUUGAGGAAAGACGAAAGCGUCGUCACGUCGCUUUUUCACUUCGCUACAUACCCGAAUUCCAAUCCACUUUCCUGCUCGCGGAUUCUUCACACUCUCGUGAUCAAUUUAUUCGUUCGAAUGGUAUUUGAUUAAGCAGCCAUUAUCACAGCCCGAAAUUUCAAGGAUUCUGUGUCAUUUUAUUAUGUCAAUGUUGAAUUACUAUUGAGCCAGUGCAGCAACGCGAAUCGAAUCUUCUGGAAAAUGGAUCACGAUCAUAUGAGCAUGAUGAACACGUCGGAUGGUCAUGGGGCACAUCACGAUCACUCGAUGCACCAGGGAAUGGACCACGCGAGUAUGAACCAUCACAUGGAUCGCGAUAGCAUGAGUGCCAGCCACGCUGGUAUGGACCACAGCGCUCACGGAGCUGCAGCAGCCGUUGAUCCGUGCAGCGGUGGUCACGCGAUGCAUGGAAUGUCGAUGUUCUUCCAUGGAGGUUACUGCGAAACGGUGCUGUUCGAGUCGUGGAAAAUAUCGUCAAUUGGAGGGCUCAUUGGAUCCAUUAUUGGCAUAAUGAUAAUGGCUGCGCUGUACGAGGGACUGAAAUAUUACCGGGAAUAUCUCUUCUGGAAAACGUACAACGCACUUCAAUACCGAAGUGUUUCAAUGCCUGCCGAAAAAAAUGUCGUCACCGAAGAUCCUCGGGUUGUCCAUAUGGUUGGCGAAGUAAUCCACAAGCAACCGCCAACGAUGCUGUCUUGGAUGCACACGUUCCAGACGUUCCUGCACAUAAUCCAGAUCGUCUUGUCAUACUUUUUGAUGCUGAUAUUCAUGACGUACAACGUGUGGCUCUGCAUCGCAGUCGUGGUUGGUGCAGCGAUCGGUUAUUUUCUGUUCGGUUGGAAAAAAUCUGUGAUUGUCGACGUUACGGAACAUUGUCACUAGCGAAGGGGGCGUAUCGCCCAAAUGCGUAAUUGAGGCAAUGUAAUGAAAACAAAAAAGACAGAAAGUUGUCACUUUCUCGGAGGAGGAAAACAUGUAAAAUGGUAUUAAAGUUUGAGCUGUUGGAGUGCAUCAGAAAUUAUUUCGUAAACUUCCAAAUGACCAAGAGUUGUCAGGAUUUUUGCUUAUUUUCCUUUCAAUUCGAAAAAAGACAAACACUUAAAUCUGUAAUAAAAUCAUGAGCGACAUUUACAAAACGAAGAAAUUUCGUUGCACUGCAACGACGCAAACUUCAACGUCGUAAACAAAAAUAUAAUUAUUUUAUACUUGAAAAAACUGCAGGCAGGAAACUUAAGUGACUUCCAAGGAUUGAAUUUAAUUGAGUGUACGAAGUUGGUCCAUUGGGUGAGGUACUAAAAUCUCAUUGAUAUGAGAAAACAGUUUUGAGUUGACAUUUGACAUUCGACUUGAUGGAAGUGCCAAAUCACUGUUCGCUCGAACAUAUUUCUGAGGAUUGUGUAUUUUUUCUUACAUGAAAAUAAAAAUAGAAAAUACUUUUUCUAUUCAUAAUUACGCUCUACGAUCUGUGAUCAUCUUGCAUCAGCACAUGAGCGUUGAUUUAGCACUUCGAUCGGAUAUUGAAGGAAAAAAACGUUGACUCAAAUAUUCAAAAAUUUCGUUAUCGAAACGCUCGACUUUUACCAAUUAUUUAUAAGCAUCCAAGGAACUUGAUCUUUCAUCAUCGUUCUCGAGCUAUUUUCCAAAGCGCGUUGCUUAUACGGACGAAUAAAAAAGCACAUUGCUUUGCGAGAUGAAUUCUAUUUCUUGCAGUACGAUCCUAAAGAAAAAUUGGUUGAAAAAAGUGCAAGAUUUCUAUUUGCGAAAGUUGAUCAAUUCAUGCAGACAUGAAUCUUGUUGAAAAAUAAUUGUACCGACUCCAAACCUUGGGAUUUGUAAAUAUUGUUGACUAUUCGCUCGAAUAGAUUAGUACCGAACGCACGUCUAUCGGAGAAUUUGCAAAAUAGAUAUUUUUCGUCUAUGCCACGAACGGAAUGUGAUUUGCGAUCUGAUUGUAUGACAAGAGAAAAAAUUUCUAAAUCACAGAAAAAUGUGGUUUUGCAAACUUCUUCGAUUCAUUAAAUAUGAUAAUCAUUUUCUUUUUGUUACUAAUGUUUCACAUCGAUCAUUAAUUUUGAAUAUUUAAUCGAACCCUAAUCAUUUUUUAUAGCCCGCAAUUCGCUUCUUUUUUAUUCAUCUUAUUUCCAAACGAAAAUUCGAGGGGUGCUCUUCGUGUAAAAAUGAAAAUGAAAUGAUAACUGAAACUGAAUAAAAAUCCAGAUGUAAAAAAUUGUAGAAAAAAAGUUCAACUUGUAGAUUUUACGAACUACUAUAAAAGAUAAAUAAAUUAUUAUUGUUAAUACGAUUUCAUGCUCGUCGAGACAGGAUAACUCGAGUAUUUUUGCUUCAUCUUCAGGGCAUAUCUAUGGAAAUUGUUGAAAAAUCUGUCUCCACGUGUUGACAUAUGAUAAUAUAAUUUUUUUUUGCGUCAACCCCA